AUGGACAGCCGCUUGCAGGAGAUCCGGGAGCGGCAGAAGUUACGGCGGCAGCUCCUGGCGCAGCAGAGUACACAUGCAGAAAAUGCAGAUGCAUUAUACAAGGUGCUAAACAUACAAAUACAAAGAAGACAGAUUUUAAUUUUCAGGGCUUCCUAUGAUACCUCUGCUCCAAAUGCAAAACGGAAGUAUCAGGAUGAAGGGGAGACAGACGAAGACAAGAUGGAAGAAUAUAAGGAUGAAUUAGAAAUGCAGCAGGAAGAAGAGAAUUUGCCAUAUGAAGAAGAGAUUUAUAAAGAUUCUAGUACUUUUCUGAAGGGAACGCAGAGUUUAAAUCCCCAUAAUGAUUACUGCCAACAUUUUGUAGACACUGGACAUAGACCUCAGAAUUUCAUCAGGGAUGUAGGUUUGGCUGACAGAUUUGAAGAAUACCCUAAACUGAGGGAGCUCAUCAGGCUCAAGGAUGAGUUAAUAGCUAAAUCUAACACUCCUCCUAUGUACUUACAAGCAGAUAUAGAAGCCUUUGACAUCAGAGAACUGACACCUAAAUUUGAUGUGAUUCUUCUGGAACCCCCUUUAGAAGAAUAUUACAGAGAAACUGGCAUCACUGCUAAUGAAAAAUGCUGGACUUGGGAUGAUAUUAUGAAGUUAGAAAUUGAUGAGAUUGCAGCUCCACGAUCAUUUAUUUUUCUCUGGUGUGGUUCUGGGGAGGGAUUGGACCUUGGAAGAGUGUGUUUACGCAAAUGGGGUUACAGAAGAUGUGAAGAUAUUUGUUGGAUUAAAACCAAUAAAAACAAUCCUGGAAAGACUAAGACUUUAGAUCCAAAGGCUGUCUUCCAGAGAACAAAGGAACACUGCCUUAUGGGGAUCAAAGGAACUGUUAAGCGUAGCACAGAUGGGGACUUCAUCCAUGCUAAUGUUGACAUUGACUUGAUUAUCACAGAAGAACCUGAAAUUGGCAAUAUAGAAAAGCCUGUAGAAAUUUUUCAUAUUAUUGAACAUUUUUGUCUUGGUAGAAGACGCCUUCAUCUAUUUGGAAGAGAUAGUACAAUUCGACCAGGCUGGCUUACAGUUGGACCGACUCUUACAAAUAGCAACUAUAAUGCAGAAACAUAUGCAUCCUACUUUAGUGCUCCUAAUUCCUACUUGACUGGAUGUACAGAAGAAAUUGAGAGACUUCGACCAAAAUCACCUCCUCCCAAGUCUAAAUCUGAUCGGGGAGGUGGAGCUCCCAGGGGUGGAGGAAGGGGUGGAACUUCUGCUGGCCGUGGUCGAGAAAGAAACCGAUCUAACUUCCGAGGAGAAAGAGGUGGCUUUCGCGGGGGCCGCGGAGGAGCACACAGAGGUGGCUUUCCACCUCGGUAA